UAUGUAUAUUGCCCUGGUCACACUAGUUGUGUUUAGGUUGAUUAUUUUCCUUUUUUUUGGUUGAGUCGCGUGAAAAACGUAAUUGAAUUGCAAUGCUCAUUUAGUUAAUCAAACAGCAAGUGGCCAAAGUGCAAGCCAAUAAUGUUAACCGUUUGACGGCAUUACACCAACUGCAUGGCAGCGUUUGUCUAGCCAAAACAGCAGCAACGCAGCCGAGCAAAGUGAAGGGAGCAGGCGAGCGUGAGAGCGAGAGAGACUGAGGGAGCAAACGAGCAGUGCGAGCGAGUGAGCGGAGUGGAGCGCGUUUUGUGUGUGUUUUGUGUGUGUAUAUAAUGGACAAGUUAAAAAACAACAACAAAGAACAUGCAGUUAUUGCAUCAAUUGAGUGCCCCUAUACAAACGCUGCUGAUGUCGAUGUGGACGUGGAGAGCAACAAGAGCACGCCCACUCCAUAUUAUACACCCCUGGACUAUCUGCAGACCUCCUUUGAGUUUCCCUCGCCCACCACAACAACUAAUGAGGCAGCGCUUCCACGAGGAGGAGGCGGUGGUGGUGUCGGUGGAGGAGGAGUAGUCGAUGAGGAUGCCCAACAAUAUACACCGAAACAAUUUACAAUUGCCAAUCCAAAGCAACAACAACAGCAGCAGCAUCAACACCAAUCCCCUUUGCCGCAAUCACCGACGACGCUGAAUCGUAAAUUCAAACGCUUCUCAUUGUACGAUCGACGGUCCUGCUCGCCACAGCAGGACACGGGACGUACCUUCUUUGCCAACAAGGAGAACACAAUACCAAAAAAGAGUGGCGCCGAUCACGAGAACGAUCAUGAUCGCGAACGCGAUCGCGAUAGUUUGUAUUUAUCGAAAAGCGAACAUAACUCACCCACAAUCCUUUAUAGAGACGAGAGCUCGACAACGACAACAACAACCUCAACAACAACACCGAAUCUCCUUAACAAUGAUUCCAGCAGCCGCCUUAGCUAUUCGCCCAAACUUCUGGCCUCCAUCAACAAUCUGAAUCUGAAUCAUUCACUCGCCGGAUCGCCGCUUAACAUUAUCAAUUCGGCUGGCUAUAAGAAUGGCAAUUUCUUUCGCUUUCCCGAAAUCGAUCGUGUGGUGCAGGAUGUAGUGACUGUAGCAGCGCCAGCAGCUGCCCAUGUAGCCACUAUUGAGGAGCCUGACAAUCAACAACAGCAAGCAAACGAUGCCGCUACAGUCGUGCAACAGGAGGCAGGGCGAAAGAAUCGAAAGAAUAAAAAUAAUCUCACGAUACGCAUCACCGAUGUGCAGCUGGCAGCCAACAAGGGUGGCCACUCCAUGCAGCAGCCAUCGCCAUCUCCAUCAUCGCUGGCCAAACCCAAAACUCCCACCAUUAAGAGCACCAAGGAGAAGGCACGAUCUCUGGACUCGGCGGCCAACGAGACGGAAUUGUCGAUUGUGGUGCACCACAUAAAUGAAUCUCAUGACAUCUCCACGCCCUGCAGCAGCAGCAGUAGCGGUCAUGUCAGUCAGGGCAAUAUGCUCAUCCAACCAACCGCAUCCAGUCUCUUUUCCACCUCUCUGUCGAGGCUGGACACACAGCAAUCGUUGCACAGUCGCCGCACCAGCGUGCGUCGUCGAUCGCCGGGCGUGAAUAACAGCGAUUAUUUGAUGUAUCAUCGCAAAGAUGAAUUGAAAUCGGCGUCCAGCGUUGAUAGCGGCGGCAGCAGCAGUAGUAAAUUUUCACUGGGCGCCAAUUUGGCCCCACGCAGCGCCCACAAAUUGAAUCCUUUGUUGCACUCGUCGAGUACCAAUCUGAAGACGCUGCCCGAGUGCCUGACGCUGGUGGAGUUUACGCCCAGCACCAGUGUGGAGUCGCCAUUUAAGCAAAAGUCAAUGGACCUGCCGGGCAGUCAGGGAAUGCAGGCCAAGAGCAUGGCAAGCUCGAUGAAUCUGCUGCAACGUCGCGGCUCGAAUCAUAGUCUCACCUUGAAUCUGCACAGUUCGUGUGGCAAUCUGAUGAACAGCGGGCUGAGUGUGUCCAACUACAGUUUGGGAUCGGUGAGCAACUCGAAAUCCAGUUGCAAUCUGGAGCAGCAGCAACAACAGUUGCUGCAGCAGCAGCCACACAAUCAAUUAACUGUCGCUGCGGGCAGCGCGCAGUGCACGCGUCAAGGAUUAUUUCGACGUCGUGGCUCCAAUCACAGUAUCACGCUAAAGAGUCACACCACGAAUUCGUGUGGUGAACUCAACUCCAUGUCCAACAAUCAGACGCCCAAGCGUGGCCUGCUCGAGCGACGCGGCAGCAAUCAGAGUCUUACUCUUAAUAUGAGCGGCCAAAUCAUGGUGGGCGGCCAGGAGCAGUUGCAGCUGCAGCAACUGCAGUUGGAGCAGCCGAAGCUAACCGUGUGCAGCUGUGGCGCAACAGCUGGCGCCCAGGCGCCGCAUCAACGCAAGUUCUUUAGCACGGAGAAUCUGAACAGCAAUCGUGGCAGCAGCAGUUCACAGUAUUUGGACUUCAGCAGCAAGCAACCGUUGUGCUUUGGCUCCGCAUCCGAUUUGCAGCCAAGCGAGCCUUUGAAACUGAAGUCACCAGCUGGCCAUGUGGAUACGGGUGUUGUCUUGUGCAGUUGCAGUUGUGCCACAGGCGUGGUGGGCGGUGCUGGCGUCGCUGGUGGCAUACGCAACAUUAUGACUCGGCCGCUGUCGCCGCAGACAACCAGCGAGGAGUUUAAGAGCUAUUUGGCCAGCAUACAGAUGCUGCAGAGUGCCUCGAAUCCACUCAAUCAAUUCGAUCUGAUCAAACUGAAUCAUGUCUUCGAUCACAGCUACAAGGCGAACCUGGAACAGCCGCCAGUGCUGGUGUUGGGACGUGGUGAAGGCGGCACGCCCACAAAUCAAUUGCCACCCACCUCGGAGGAUAGCGAAUUGCUGGCCAUGUAUCAGGCGGUGGUGAAAAGCAUUGUCACCUCGCUGCCGCAGCUGGAAGGGGACGAACAGAAGCGCAUCUUUCGUGAUCUGCACAAGGAGUUUUGGGAUCUGCCGCCCAAUCAUCAAGAGAAGCCGAUGGUAUUUGGUUCGCAGACAAAGAAUCGCUAUAAAACGAUAUUGCCCAACGAGCAUUCGCGUGUGCUGCUCGAGAGCGAGGCCACCGAGCUGUUGAAUCUCAAGCAGCAGCAUCAACAGAGCGGCCUUAUGCCGCCGCAAUCGCUUCAAGGAAGUGGCGAAGAGCUGAGCAAGGCGGCGCUAUUGGCCAACGAAGAUUUGCCCUACAUAAAUGCCAAUUACAUUAAGGGCCCAGACUAUGUGUCCAAGUGCUAUGUGGCCUCGCAAGGUCCCUUGCCCAACACAAUCUUCGAGUUCUGGCUGAUGGUCUAUCAGAAUACACAGCGUUAUAUUCGCCGCUGCUUGGACGGCGGCAGCAGUCCGCAUAUGGACAAAUCGCACAUCUUGCAGCAGUACUAUCAAAAGAUCGUAAUGCUCACCAAUUUCACGGAGAGCAAUCGCAACAAGUGCGCCGUUUACUUUCCCAUCGAGGUGAAUGAACUAUUCGCCGUGGCCGCUAAGGGCGAAGUGUUUGAGAUCAGCGCGUUGGCACGUGAUUACUUUGACCCGCAUUUGUUGCCCGCAUCAGCAACAACGACAGAGAGUGCUGUGGCGUUGGGUGAACUGCAGGCGGAUCGAGAGCAGAACACACGCUGGCACAUUUCCGUGGACUCGACAAAGGUGACACUGAACGAGACGUUGCGUCGCACACUGCCACCGGAUGGCAGUUUCUUUUUGGUUAAGAAUGUGGGCAUUGUGCGACGCAAUGGUUACUCGGUGCGAAAGUUGGUGCUGUUGUACUGCAUCAAUGUGCCGGAGAGUGCUGGACGUUUGGAGUAUUAUUUGCAAAAGAUUUGCUGCUAUCACUAUUGGUAUCCCGAUUGGCCGGAUCAUCAUUCGCCUCGCGAUAUCAAUACGCUGCUGGACACCUGUUUGCAUGUGCUCAAUUUGGGCAAAUGUGAAUCGGAGUUCGACAACUACGAUGAGAUGCGUAGCACGUGUAAUGCACAUUUGAUGGCUCAGCGUUUGGACAUUUACAAGCAGGAUAUUUUCAAUGCUGUGCAACCGUUGCCCAUCAUUCAUUGCUCUGCGGGCAUUGGACGCACCGGCUGCUUUACGGCCAUCAUGAAUGCUGUGCGUCAGCUGCGACAAUCGCUGGCAUAUUCGUUGACGGGAAUGCUGAGCAAAACGCUGACCAUGGCGGACAUGACGGAGGCACGAGAGGCUACACAGAAUGCCGCCGAUGCGGAUACGGAGAGCAGUUUUAGCUGCAACACAAUAUUGCACAUACGACACAUUGUGGAGCAGACGGAAGGUGUCAGUUUCGAUAAGCUGCCAAAGAUGCCAGACAUCUUUGUGGACAUUUUGGGCAUUGUAUGCAAUCUGCGACUGCAACGCGGUGGCAUGGUACAAAAUUCCGAGCAGUACGAGCUGAUACAUCGAGCCGUUUGUCUCUAUUUGAAGCGCACUUUGGCGCUACGACGUUUUUAGAUUAUAGUGAAAAAAAAACGGAAACGAUGAUGACGAGGAUGAAGAAGAACAAAACACCAAUUUACUAUUUGUAAAAGAAUUUUGUGACCCUUAUUUUAAAAGCAACCAAGCAAACCAAGAACAACAACAACAACUCGAUGAUAAUUAUGAUGGAGAAAUCGCAACCAUAACAAAAAUUAAAAAAGCAAAAAAAAAAAAAUGAACAA